AUGCGAAUUUUCAGUCACUUUGCGGCUUUCGCGAAGGUAAGUGCAUGAAUGAUGUCCGAUUUAAAUGCAAACUUAUACUGUAUACCUAAUCUGUUCAAAUCUCCUUGCUUUUAUCCUUCUUAGAUCAGCCUAGUGAUCCUGGUGCUAAAGCUGACCAUUACGGUUAACAAUGGCGGUAAGUCCAGUUUAUGUUAUUCAUACUCGUUAUCCCCUCCAAGCGAUACGGGUUGUUUGUGGUUGUAGAAGCGAUGGGGAAAUAUGCCGUUUGUCCGCUUUUCCAUUCUCCCACAGUCAGGUGAUAUGCUGUUAGUUCUGGAUAUUCUCUGGUUUCUCCCUGACUUUGAUGAAUGGAGUCGAUAAAAAAAUGAAUGAAAGGGAAAUCGCUGUCUUGUGGUAAGACUUACCACCUCGAAAAUCACUAUGUUCCAUUAAGCAAUUAUAAAACCAGCGCUUUUCCAUUGUAAGUUAUUAGUGUUAAGGUAGUGAUGGUACACGAAUAAAAUUAUAAAAAAGUCAAGAAUAGCAGAAACAAAGAAAUAACAAAAAAAGUUUUCGAAGGCGUUUGCGAUGCCCAAAAAUUUACUUCAAUUCUUUGAUUUACUUUCCGUCCCUGACCACAAAUGCUAACUUGUGGCAACAGAAUUCCUCAUUACCUGAAUUCCUCAGCAUCGUUAAGGAAAUUCUAAAUUUUAAUGCAAGGAAAUGUCUCGACAGUCUUCUUUUUGAAUGAAUGGUAGUUAAAUUUUUAAUUUUCGUAUUGUCCGCAGUUUUUGAAAUUUUUGCAAAGAAAAGGCACGCGGUUGUACAACUAAGCCAAAAACACCUAUUGGUAAAACAGCAUCACUGCGGUUCGAUUUCCACAGCAUAAAUACAAACAAACGUUUGCAUUGCAAAAUAAGAAUCAUGAGGCGAUGUAACAAUUAUAGUUUCUUCUGGACUCAAAUUGUUUCGAAGAAAUUGGAACCCCUGGACGAGCAUUUCCAAACGGGGUGCACGUUACUUUAUUACAAAAUAGAAGAAUAAAAGAAAACCAAAAUUGAAUAUCUUAAGUUUCUAUCGCAGUGGUGCGCAUGUUAUUACAGAUAAUUGGCUAUCGUUGUGCUGUUUUCAUUAACACUUACAAUUGCCUCGCUUUUGGGGAGUUUCCUUGACAAGAAACUGAAAUAAUUAAGUAGCAUUUGUAAACAGGAUUAUGUGUCGGCUCAGGAAUUGACAAAGCAGUACGACUUGUCACAUAUCUGUUAAUUAUAACUAAUUAAAAAACUUUCUUUCUUUUACUAUACCCCUGUUGUAAGGUCAUUUUUCUUGGGAAUAAUUUUAUCUACCUUAGGCAAAAAGUAUACCUUAUCCUCGCUUUAUGAGAUUGCGACAAAACUGCCAAGAUUGGUUGUGAUAACUAACGAAAAAGAAAACAUUAUUUAUUAUUAAGACAUAUACAUUUUCUAAAUAAGUAUUGUUGGAAAGGGAUUUGUCUUUUUUAUCUGUCAUAUGAAAACUUAAGAUAUAUUGCUGAAGCUUGUUUUAAUAACUCAACUCAAUCUGAAUCUUGAAAAUCUCAGUAGGAGUAAAGUUGAGAUGAUAUUGACGCAACAUUCUCCCACUCAACCCCUCACAGCCUACAACAGUAAAAAGGAUUUGUCAUCAUUUAUUUUUCAUGGUAAAGUAUUGCAAACCUUGACCUACAAGUAAAAUUUUUAGGUUGCUAGAAUACCCAAUAAGCUUUAUAAAUUAUGAAUGACGGUCUAGAGUCUUCCUGUUCUCGAAGUCUCCGAGCAAAGAUCAUGUAAAAAAGCAAUCUAAUUGCCAUGUCGGUAGUCGAUUGUAGCAAACUAAUUACUUCGAUAACGUAUAGUGUGUUCUAAAACAUGAUGAAUGAAUGCCUAGGGGUUAGAAACACAAAUAAGGGCAAAAGAAAAUGAUAAAAUUUUGAAAAAAAAAACGACAGGGAUAACAUGUCAGAACCGUCUUUAUUGAUGAGUCCUAUUCAAGAAAUGUGUUAAGUUUGUUUAUAUAGUUCUUGCUUUGGGCCAUCUUCUACUUUCGCGAUCGUAAUCGUCGGAAAAUACCUCACAAGACAGAUUGAAUUCACCUCCCAAAAAGCUUCAAUUGUUGCUCAAAUGCUCAAUUGCCUUUUUAGAUCGUUUUUGUUUGCUGCCACAAGCAAUUCUGAGUAAAAUGCUUGGAUGUUUUCGAUAACAUGAUUAGUGAGAAGGUGAAAAAAUUGUCUUCUUUUCGUUUCUCUUGAAUAUAAUUAUUGCAUAGCACUUCCUUUUAGCUGCGAUAUAAAAGAUAAAAUGUGCUCAGAAGAGGGAACAAGAAAAGGUUCUGUUAGAGACCUGUACCUCUCUUGAGCUUCCGCCUGCCUGGGUGGGGGAUACUAAUUUAUAUGAAGUGUAUGUGUGUGAAAAACUAAAGGAUAUGUGAACAACGCAAAGUAAGCACUGAAGCACACGUACCAAGUCCGUGGUAUGGCCAAUACCAUUCUGGUUUAAAACUGGGUUUUUGGAAAAAAAUGAUUGAUAAGGUUGUAAGGUUGCCAGAGGUACCUUUCGCCGGUAAAAUCCAAUUAGGGUGUUGCUGGUGCCAGUCGUAUAAACAUAAACGUCGGAUAUAAUUGCUAAAUUUUGAUAUUCAGCCCAGUCAUUAUUUCUACGCCAGAUGUUAGCAUUAAAGAAUUUAUAUCUGACGCUAGGCUUCAUGGGUCCCGCUUAACAUUAGCUAAAACCAAGAGAGAAUAAGCUCAUUCUCUCACUAAAGCUAAGAGGAAGUCUUUAAAAAGUCGGUUUUACCUAAUUCUGUUGAAUAGAAUAAAUACUUGCCAUUGAAAUCAACAGUAAUGAGGUAUCAUGUUAAUGGUCCACAAAUUUUUACAUAUCAUGCUGCCUUCAAUGACUCUUCAAGUAAAAAAGUUCAGAGAUUUUUCCGGGAUGUCAAUUAAACGGACGAUUUCCUGGACACAUUCUACCAUACUGUUUCAUGUGCCAUUUUCUUUCAGAGGUACGGGUGAUAAAUCCAGAACGUGUACAAACAAAAGUGGCGUGCCAAGGAGAAACAGCCACGCUCAAGUGUAAAAACUCCUCCCAAGCAAUGUUGAUCUACUCCGCAUUCUACGGACGUGAAGAGAAAGGGCGAACGCUGUGUCCUUUUAUCAAAAGCAAUGUUGAUCAGUCAGUGUUUGAUGCUAAAGAUACCAACGACACCUCCACUUGUCCCGAGAAGAAUGUGACAUUAGAGAUAAUGAAAUUAUGUCACACGAGAAAGCUUUGUGAGAUGACUCCGAAUCAGAAUCUAUUUGGAAAUCAUUGUAAGGGGACUUACAAGAUUCUUAAGAUUAUAUAUGCCUGUGGUGAGUAUUAUUCUCUGCCACGACACCUUGGUCCAGUUUUAGCCCGUUCACUUGGAAUCUUGUGAUCUUUCCUGUCACGAUUAUUUUUUAAUGUUUUACCCUCUGUCUGUUGGUACUCGGGUGCCCAAGGUUGGACCCACACGUAGCCAACGUCCCUUAUUAUUAUCUCAUGAUAAAUAGGUUCAGUUAAUGCUCUUAACUCAUAACCCCUUAGAUAAGCAAGUAACUAGACCAGAAUUAUUGUGGGGAAAAGGGGUAAGGGAUGAAGUAUUCCAAAUAUGGACAGCAGGUCACUUUUCUCUACAUAUUGGUGUAACAGUCCGAAAUCUACAAGGGGAGAGGUGACAAUCCUCUCUAGGGGGUGAUAAUCCCCCGUUAUUGUGAGAGAGGAUAAUCCUCUGUAGGUUGUGAUAAUCCCCCAUGUUAGUGAGAGGUGAUAAUCCUCUCUAGGGGGUGAUAAUCCCCCAGGAUAGUGAGAGGUGAUAAUCUUCUCUGGGGGUUGAUAAUCCCCAAGUUUGUGAGUGGAGGUGAUAGUCCCCCUUGGGUACUGGAGAGGUGGAAAGACCUCUGUAGAUGUCUAAUUCCCCGGUUUAAGGGGUAACAAGAGUCUAUGGGGCAAAGUGUGACCUGUAUAGGAGCACUUCAUCCCGAACCCAUGUUUAUUAAUUGCCAACAACUCUCAAUACAGAUAUCAUCACUAAUUUAAGUUAGAAUUGUGUGCCUGCUGCCCGUCGGGAAAAACCCUCAAUUAUUUUUGAGGGAAACCUGAACCCUCCCGAAAGCAGAGCCAGACACUUAACAUGAACCUCGAGGGAGAGGGGUUAGACGAAAAUAUAUUAAUACAAGUUGUAAGUACAUGAUGACAAUUAAACUUUUAUCAACUUAAUAAUCAAAAUAAGGCCCAGGAUGCCUGGUAGAAUGAUUCCCCUCAGUAGAAACCUCAACUCUUUUCUGCCAUAUCUUCCUGACAAUUACCAACUGAGUCAAAGUGUAAACAACAAAGAUCAGUAGUUCUUAUGACUGCAAAAAGUAUAAGGAGCUUCUUAAAUUUUAAGCAAGAGAAAAGACCUCAUAUAUAAAACCGUAAGAAAACCAGCAGAGAGAAUCAAACAGUGAUAAGGGAGGGUGGGAAGGGAUUUUAUUCCACGAAGAGAAGAAUAUGAAGUGUUAUUUUGCUGAGCUAGGCGCGAAAAUAUAGGCAUCAACUGUUCAUGUGAUAGCUGGCAUCUAAUUGGCUGAGCGAAACAAUUAGUGUGACAGGGGUCGCAUGCGGGAAGUAACCCCUGAAAGGAAGUGCGCUGGUUCCAUUACUGGUAAAGGCGGGUUUAUGGUUAUCACAUUAACUUUAAUUUAUCCUGUUGUAUAAAUUAGCUUUAAAAGAGUAUCGUGUGGUUAAAGUUGAUACUAUGGUUUAGGCGUUUAUUGUAUUCUUUAUUCGCAAAACCCUAUUCCAGCAACUGGGCUCUGUAACUAAUGGUGGUUGCAGUUGGAGGAAACACAUUAUGAGUGGGUGGUAUGAAAGCAUUCUGAAGACCCUCUACUGCGCUUGAUAUUCAAGAUAGAUGAAUAAGUGGUAGUUCUAACUGCUCACUUGGCUUGCACUAAGACUUGCACCAAAGGGCUUAAUAAUAUCUUUGCUUCUUAACCAAAAACCUGUAUAUCUCUACUUUCUUUUUCUUCUUUAGAGGAUAAGAGCAUAUUUAACACGAAUCCUACUAGCUACAGCACUAACUCACCAACACAUGCCACGUAUAUCAAACCUAAAACAACCAGAAGAACAACUUUGACAAAUCGCAAAAGAACUCGCACCGGAAACUCAACUCAUAGGAAACGAAAAACAACCACAACUAAGGCACCCGGGGUAACUAAGCCUAGGCACACAACUGCACCAUUAACCCCUAGAGGGUCGUCUUCAUCCUCUAGUAACGAAAAACCAACAACAGUUCCAGCUAGUAACACUGUUAAACCAGGCCCAACCGUAUUUUCGUCUGGACUAAGUAAGCCCGUAACCAUUCCCGUUAUGCUGACAAACGUACCGGUAGUUGCAACAAAACGAAACAAAAACAUUAAGACUUCAACCACGUCCACAGGUUUACGGAUCACGAUACAAGUGAACGGGACCAACUACACAUUAAACCCUACAAUAGUACCCAGCACUACUAAAAAAGUUGUUUUACCAACGAAUGAGAAAGAACAACCGACAAAUGGAACAGAGAAGCCAAUAACUGGCGACCAACUCCACCCCAGAAGAGUUUCCAGUGCGACAGCAGCGGUCAUGGAGCAGCAAAGUCAGUCAGUGGCUGCAAUGGGUGUGGCAGGAUCACUUUACCUUUGGUUUCUUCAUAUGAAAGGUACUUCCUUUAUUAGCAUUUGUUUUACAUUAAUCUCUCCUGUUAUGGUUAAUUCAGUUAAUUGUUAAGUAAUAUGACAAUACUGUUUAAUCCCAUAAUAGGAAACCUUCAUUACCUCAAGCCGCUAAAGAGAGACUAAAACACAUUGGAAUUUUUGGAAAGUUUAUGACUAAAUUUUCAUAAGGGCACUUAGGCCCCUCUGUAAAAUUCAAGUUCGGUUUUUAGGAAGGUCUUAAGUAAAACUUAAACAAAAGCAAAUUGUACAAAAAGAUGAAAAGGCGACUUUUGGAGAAUAUUCAAACUACUUUUUGGAGUAUGUCGGGUAUAAGUGCGAGAAGAGUUUAAAAUCUUGUUUCAGUGACGCAGACGCCAGAUGAGAUAUAAUAAUAAUAAUAAUAAUGCUCUUGCAGGUGCCAUCACUAAAUAUUAAAAUGAAAUAUCAUAAUAAUCCAUUAGAACUUGUUAAAACUACUAUAAAAUUAGAAAAAAUGAAAAAGAGCAUGGUUAAAAUGGAUAGGUUUUCAGCUGGGGUCAAAAGCAACCAAGAAUUUGCUCGCCUCUGAUGGUGGAUGUAAGGCAAUUCCACAUUUUUAAGACACAAAUACCCUAUCUCAUUUACAUUCUAGAAUUCAUUUCAAGUAAACUUUUUUGCACAUAAGAUUAUCAUACGCUCAACUAAAGUAAUUUAUUAUUUUUAAAACUUAUUGGUUGUUGUCCUCCAUUUUUUCGAACUUUUGUUUGUACGGUUAAUAUCCUGUAGAGAACAAGUCCACCUAUGUGACGGUGUUUAUUCUGAGCGCUCUCGGGGCGGCCCUUAUCAUGGUUGGAGUUGUGGCUUGCUUUGUAACUCUCCAGAAAAAGAAAGAUUUCCUGAAGCUUGACAUCAUGCACAAGCCGAGGAGAUUCAUUUCAUUACCGAAAGACGGCAAGACGACGAAUCAAAACGGAAGCGUUCCCAAAAAAGAAGCUAGAGAACCAACUGAAGAGAACGCGACCGAUGGAACGUUGACUUACAAAGGCCCAGAGGUAGUGUUUUCAGCUCAAGACGUCAGUAAUCAAGUGAAAAAAGAGUUUAACAUUGACAGGUGAGGCAUUUAGUCUCGUAUGGAACUGCGAAUGCAUAAAUUUAUUCGGGUUUGAAUUUUCAAUUGCGUUUUUACUUGUUGUAAAUGAAAUCGAAAGGGCCACAACGGACAAUGUAGUGAAUCAAUUAAUGUGGAAUCUUGCAAGAAAUGCCGGUUGAAAUAGACUUGAAGAGUAAACUUCCAUGAGUGUUUUUGGAUUCCGUGGUUUUCAUUUAUGUAAAAUUGGUAACAUUUUCAUAUCCACUGGGAAACAUUUCAAGACCGAUUCAUUGCUUGUUCACUCAACGUUCAUUGCUUUUAUGUAAUUGAUGAGUACAUCAGUUGAUAUCAUUGUCCGUUCAUGGCACACCGCUUUAAUCUCAAUGAGUCUUUCUGUUUUUCAAAUGGAUAGAGCGCUCGCUUUUUGCUCAGAAGGUCGCCGGUACGAAUCCUGUGGAGAGAUCAAGAUCCCACAUCUUUUAGACUGUGAUUUCCAUUCCAACUAAAAACUUUUCAAGUUCACGACUCUUUAUCUUUUCCUUGCACAGUCUCGAAAAGAAAUUUCCAACGUUGUACACUCUCGUGAGUGAAAGUCUAUCCUACCUUUUUAAAUGAAAAGUUAAAAGACUUGUAAAACAGUUUACAAAUCCAGAAGACCCUUUUACUUUUGUGCAAUUGACAAUGUCUUCAAAAAGCGUUCUUGCACCAUCAUGUGGUUGCAAUGUUUCCUCUCAUUAAGGUCAGGGAGAUGUUUAUAAAUAAAUCAUAUCGCUUACUUUAGCAUUAUUGAUAGAUACGGCAGUUCGUAAUUUCCAGUUUCCUUUUAAAUAGAUACUCUGGUAUGGAAAAUGGAGCAGUGAACAAAAAUGAAGAGGGAAGUAUUCAUGUGAACCCAGUAUUUGAUACUGUGAAUAAUAACAAACCAGCGAAUGGAAUUAUCAAACAAAAGCAAAGCGCUAUGGAUGAAUAUGAUAUGGUUUCCAGCCUUCCAUCAACUCCCGUUCGUGUCCGUACCCUAAGCGAACCCAAAUGUGGUACGGCGAGAAGAGCCAGAGCAAACAGUACCGGUAACGUAUCACGAAACCAAGAUAGAAAUCCCAGCCAUGAGGCGACGUACUUUUCCGCCGAGAAGGUUCGACUUCCUCGACAUUUAAGUGCGGGAAAUGUGUCUCAUCAAAUUCGUCAUGCAGGAUCACAAAACCAAUCGCCGUCCAAGACCCUGCCACGACAGAGGUCCGCAACUACAAAUGAUGCAUACUGCCAGUCUCCAUUGCGAAAUCCAAUUCAGAUGGAUAUUGGAGGUGACACAAUAUCCUCUGGCGGAGCCCCUUACCUAAUGGGUUCUACCCAUACAUCACAACUACAGGCUCCAUCCAGAUCACUUCCAAAUGGUGCAGUGACUAAUCAGUCUUCUCUCACAAGUGGAAAUUUAAACAACCGGCAGCAAACCAAGGGCAAAGUAUCACCAAACCUGCCUUCCAAAUGUCCACACCAGUAUUCAGCUGGUCACGCAGUGAAAAAAGUUGGACCUGCUGUGGUAAUUGGAAGGGAUGGAGAACCAAACUACCUUGGAAGUCCUAAUUCGGCUACUUCUGCAGAGGCACCGAACACAGGGAGAGGAACAAAUAAGCUGUUGCCAAAUACGCGAACGAGCCCCUCUGCAAUGAUGCUGUCUAAUACAUUAAAUGUGCCAUUAGUAAAGGAGUCAAAUCUCGGGACACCAACACCUUAUUCAAGUCAACGAGAUACAGGAAAAUCAAGCAGAAGAUGGACCGAAGUAAUUUCAUCCAAUGGAACUGUUCCAAAUAUAACUUCGAAUCCGAAUUUUAGCGACAUGUCUGAAGAUGUCUGGAAGAAGAAUAACGAUGCAAGGGUUGGCAACUUUGGUUUGGAUAACAGUGGCAUUCUUCGGCACAAAACAAUCCUUUCUGAAACGCAGGAGCAAGAUACUAGUAAAGGUACGCUGCGUGCUCCUAGCACAGGAGAACUGCUUUCUCCUUUGGAUGCUUUGCCAGAUGGACACGCAAACGAAUCCAGCUUGCGUUCAUCUGACCAGCAUUCUUACAAUGCCAAUUCAGGAACCUCACUUUUCAGCACCUCCUCGCCUCCACCCCCGGAACAGGCAACUGACAGUUCAGAUGACGAUCUUUAUAGUAUUGUAGCAAAAGGUACCUAUUCUUCUGCGGUACCUGAUCCUCAUUUAAGACACACUGUUGGGGGAAAGUCAGACAGGAAAGAACAAAAAAACAGAAAUAAGCACGUAUAUGUGGUGGUACCUUCAAGGGAUGGUUCCACUGCUGUAUAG